AUGGAUCCAACACUCAAGCUGCUCACACUCAUCAAUGUGAGUGCGGCUCGACCGGGCAAGCGACAGCGCUCGUCCAAUCUCACCCAUUACGACAAGAUCACUCGCAAAGCUGCAGCCGCUCAGCAAGCAACCGCUUCCACUUCCACGGUUGUCGCAACCUCGGCCACUUCACCUUCAAAACGCAGCAAGGUCGCUAUGGUAUCAGAUGGCUCUACUUCAUCUCCAGCAAACGCACAGGAUGGUGCUGAGCUGGUAGGCGAAGACUCGGACGAGGACGAGGAGGAUGCCGCUACAGCCUCCUCUUUCUCAUCGAGCAAGCAGCAAAAGCAGAAGCAGUCCACAGCGUUCGACGCCCACUUUGGUUCGGAUGGCCCUCACGCGCAAAUCGUCUCCAAGCUUCCCGAAUCCGUCACAUCGCUUACGUGGUCCACUUCUCGGUCUACUCUUCCAGCACUCGCAACGCAGAUCGCUACUUCGACACCUUCGAUUCCGGACUUUGAUGCGCGGCAGUACCGCGGUCAGCCCCAAGUCAAAGUGCUCGAAGCUUUCAAUGCAUUCACUGCCAAAAAGUACACGGCGCCAACACCGCUCCACAAAGCGCUCGCGACUACGCUGGCAAGCUACGCCGAUUUCUGCGAUGCCAACGUCGCACUCAACGAUCGACCGCAGUACCGACAGGUGCUUGCCAUGCAUGCCAUGUCGCAUAUUGCAAAGACGCGUCGUCGCGUGCUCAAGAACAACGAGAAACUCGCCAAGCUCGCUGCUGCCAACAGCGCUUCCACCGAUAGCGACGAUUUGGAUCUUCGCGAUCAGGGUUUCACCCGACCCAAAGUGCUCAUUCUGCUUCCCUUCCGUAACUCAGCGCUCGAAUGGGUCGACCUGCUGACCAAAUUCAGCCUGUGCUCUCAGGUCGACAACAAAUCUCGUUUCUCGAAAGAAUACGACCUCCCAGAAGGAGCGGUCGACAAGCUCGCCGAUCCUGCCGUCGCGGCCAAAUACCCGCAAGACCACAUCGCCAAUUUUGCAGGCAACAUCGAUGACUCGUUCAAGCUCGGGCUCAAAGUCACCCGCAAAAGUCUCAAACUCUUUUCUGGAUUUUACGAUUCCGAUGUGAUCGUCGCUUCUCCGCUCGGAUUGAGGUUGGGCAUCGAAAAGGACAAAGGCGAUAGCGAUUUCCUGUCCAGCAUCGAGAUGCUGAUUGUUGAUCAAACCGAUGUGAUCAGCAUGCAGAAUUGGGAGCAUCUGGAAUUUGUCAUGGAGAGGCUGAACCAGAUUCCUCGACAGAGCAGGGAUACAGAUUUCUCGAGGGUGAAGCAAUUCUACCUUGAUAAUCGAGCGGCAAUGUUUAGGCAGACAGUGCUGCUUUCAGCGUACGACUUCCCGUCGCUGCGAUCGGUCUACAAUCAUAAGCUGAACAAUAUUGCCGGUAAGAUCCGGACCAUCGCAUCUACCAGCGAGACUCAAGCAGAGAUGAGUCGAGUUGUUUCUGGCGUUCGACACAUGUUCAGCCGAUUUGAAGCUGCCAAUCCUCACGCCGAACCCGACCUGCGUUUUGCCCACUUUACCAACAAAACGCUCCAACAAUUGAGCAAAUCCGCGAUUGCCAGCAGUCACACGCUCAUCGUCGUACCCAGCUACUUUGACUUUGUCCGUCUCGACGCGUUCCUGCGCGAGCACAACGAGAAACGCAAACCGGGCCAAACUGCCAACCUUUCGUACACAAGCAUCUCCGAGUACUCGAGUCCCAAGGACAUCCGUCGCGCAAGAGAAAGCUUCUUCAGCGCCAAAAAGCGCUUCCUACUCUUGACGGAGCGAGCGCAUUUCUACCGCAGAUUCAAGUUGCGAGGCGUCCAGACCGUCGUCUUCUACCAACUGCCCCAGAACGCCAGAUUCUUUUCCGAAGUCUUGGAAUUCCCGUUCGUCACAAAAGCCGAUUUGGCCAAGGGCAGAGGAGAUGCGCAUGACGACGAACAAGAAAUCGAUCCGAAUCAAGUGUCGACGUACGUUGUGUAUAGCAAGUACGACUUGAUGGCGCUGGAAAAGGUAGUGGGUAGCGAACAGGCAAAGCAGAUGGUGGUGGCAGAUAAGGCCACAUGGAAAUUUGUCUAA